GGGGAGAAGCGCACCUACCACAAGUACUACCAGUGGGUGUGCUUUGUCCUCUUCAUCCAGGCGAUCAUGUUCUACCUCCCGCGGUACCUCUGGAAGAUGUGGGAGGGCGGACGCGUCCGCUCGCUCGUCCUCAACCUCGAUGCGCCCAUUCUCGGCAAGCAGGACCGCGAUGAGGGCAUUCAGAUGCUCCUCGAGUACUUCAAGUCCAAUCUGAGAUACCACAACUGGUACUUCUUCUACUUCGUCUUCUGCGAGGUGCUGAACUUCGUCAAUGUCAUCAUUCAGAUGUACCUGAUUGACGCCUUCCUCGGCGGCGCCUUCUCCACCUACGGCGUCGACGUGAUCCGCUACACGGAGAUGGACCAGGAGAACCGCGUCGACCCGAUGGUGGCCGUCUUCCCCCGGAUGACCAAGUGCACCUUCCACCGAUACGGAGCCUCCGGCGACGUGCAGAAGCACGACGCCCUCUGCAUCCUCCCGCUGAACAUCGUCAACGAGAAGAUCUACAUCUUCCUCUGGUUCUGGUUCGUCUUCCUCGCCAUCAUCACCGGCGCCGUGCUCGUCUACCGCCUGUUGAUUCUCUUCUUUGAGACGCUGCGCAAGACGGUCCUCCGCUCCCGCUCGCGCCUCUGUGAUCCCUACCACCUCAAUGUGGUGCUCAACGUCAGCAAGAUCGGCGACUGGUUCAUCCUCCAUCUCCUUGCGAAGAACAUGGACGGACAGAACUUUCGCGAGUUCAUCGAGCGCUACUCGGAGUACGUUCUCAAGACCCAGAACCUGAACGUCGAUGAGAAGCAGCCGAUCAUGGUACAGGAUGGCAAUGAAAGCCAUGGCGGUGAUAUUGAAAAAUAG